CACUCUCAUUCUAUAUCUUGUCAACUUGUGUUUUCACUUCAUUCAUCGGCAUUAAAGCUACCCUCUAGACUCUUAUUCUAUACAGUUCUCCUCUGUCUCUCAACUUGUAUCAUCUCUUUCGAUGGCAUUAAAAGAAGUCAACGAGCCCUCUGCUUCCUUAACAAGGUGGUGGUCGGAAAACACCGUAGCGGUGGUGACCGGAGGGAAUAGAGGGAUCGGAUUCUCUCUAGUUCAGAAACUCGCCGAGCUUGGAUUAACUGUAAUCCUAACUUGUAGAGAUGAUUCUAAAGGUCAAGAAGCAAUCGAAUCACUCAAAUCUCAAGGGCUAAAUAAUGUUCGAUUCUUCCGAUUAGAUGUUAUGGACACUGCUUGCAUCAAUGAGCUGGUUUCAUGGUUGAAGGAAGCAUUUGGAGGUCUUGAUAUUCUUGUGAAUAAUGCUGCUGUGUCGUUCAACGAGAUCAACGAGAACUCUGUGCAACACGCCGAAACCACCAUUAAGACCAACUACUAUGGACCAAAGUUGUUAACCGAAGCUCUGCUACCACUGUUUCGGCGUUCGGAAUCCGUAAGCAGGAUUUUGAAUGUUAGCUCGCGUCUUGGCUUAUUGAACAAGGUGAGUAAUCCUGUCAUAAGGGAGUUAUUAGAAGAUGAAGACAGAUUAUGCGAACAACGUAUAGAUUUUGUUGUAAAUCGAUUUCUUGAAGAUGUUACUGCUGGUACUUGGGAAGGAGAAGGAUGGCCAAAAGUAUGGACAGAUUAUGCAGUGUCUAAAGUAGGAUUGAACGCGUACUCUCGAGUUUUAGCUAAACGUUAUGAUGGGUUGGGAUUAAGUGUCAAUUGUUUAUGCCCCGGGUUUACUCAGACAGACAUGACCGCUGGAAAAGGAAACCACUCGGCGGAUUCAGCUGCGGAAAUGGCUGCACAAAUUGUUUUACUACCACCUGAGAAACUUCCUACUGGCAAGUUUUAUAUAAAAAACAAACCGUUCUUGUACUCGAAGAUAUAAAAGAUUAAGUGGUUAUUAUUAAAGUUAGUAAUUAAGGUAUCUUAAUAAGUGUGUUAUUGAUCGAUUGCAAUGGUACUUAAAGAAAUUGGAAGGAUAAACGUAGUUAGAAA